ACCACCACCAUGUUGACCACUUCUUCUCUUUCAAUUUCUCCGGUCACUAGCCGGAUAAUCUUGGCAAAUGUUCAAGUCUUGGAGCUUUUUGUUGCUCUUUUGGUUUUUGUUGUCAUACAUUCUCUAAGACAAAGGAAACGGAAAGGGCUACCCGUGUGGCCUUUGGUAGGGAUGUUGCCAUCUUUAGUGCUUGGUCUUCGGGUUGAUAUGUAUGAAUGGAUUUCUCAAAUCCUUUGUAAACAAAACGGAACCUUUGUGUUUAUGGGCCCGUGGUUUACAAAUCUUAACUGUAUAGUGACUUCUGACCCUCGUAACCUGGAGCAUCUUCUUAAAACACGAUUUCAAGCGUAUCCGAAAGGCCCGUAUUUUAGACAUGCCCUUCGGGAUCUUCUUGGGAAUGGAAUCUUUAAUGCAGACGACGAUAUUUGGCAGAAACAAAGGAAGACCGCAAGCAUUGAAUUUCAUUCGUCUAAAUUUAGAAAUAUGACUACUGAGUCGUUAUUGGAGCUCGUUCAUAAAAGAUUGUUGCCUGUUUUGGAGGAGUCUGUAAAACAAUCUAGUGAGAUUGAUCUACAAGACAUCCUUUUAAGAUUAACGUUUGAUAAUGUUUGCAUGAUAGCUUUCGGGGUUGACCCAGGUUGUUUAAGUCCUGGGCUACCUGAAAUACCAUUUGCUCAAGCCUUUGAAGCAGCUACUGAAGCAACUAUCCUACGUUUUGUUACUCCUACUCUAGUUUGGAAGAUCAUGAGGCAUCUUAACCUCGGGUCAGAAAAAAGACUGAAGGAUUCCAUAAUAGGAGUAGAUAAUUUUGCAGAUGAAGUGAUUCGAACCAGGAAGAAAGAACUCCUUUUGCAUGCUGAUGACAAGAAACAACGGUCUGAUUUGUUAACAAUCUUUAUGGGGCAUAAAGAUGAACAGGGGGAACCUUUUUCAGAUAAGUUUUUACGCGAUAUUUGUGUAAACUUCAUACUUGCUGGAAGGGACACUUCUUCAGUGGCGUUGAGCUGGUUUUUCUGGCUUCUUGAUCGGAAUCCAACUGUGGAGGAAAAGAUUUUGGUUGAGAUAAGUCGCAUUGUGAACGCAAGGAAAGAUGAGAGUGAGAAUGAAAGUGGGGAUCUGAUAUUUAGACCAGAGGAGGUGAAGAAGAUGGAUUAUCUACAUGCUGCUUUGUCCGAGUCCUUGAGGUUAUACCCUUCAGUACCAGUGGAUCAUAAGGAGGUUGUUGAAGAUGAUGUAUUUCCAGAUGGAACGGUCUUGAAAAAAGGGACAAAAGUUGUUUACGCCAUCUAUGCAAUGGGAAGAAUGGAAGCAAUAUGGGGAAAGGACUGCAGAGAAUUCAGGCCAGAGAGAUGGCUAAGGGACGGUCGAUUCAUGAGUGAAUCAGCCUACAAAUUUACCGCCUUUAAUGGUGGCCCGAGGUUGUGCUUGGGGAAAGACUUUGCCUACUACCAGAUGAAAUUUGCUGCUGCCUCCAUCUUAUACCGGUAUAAAGUGGUGGUGAAAGAAAAUCAUCCGGUAGCUCCAAAGCUUGCACUCACUAUGUACAUGAAGCAUGGGCUAAAAGUGAAGCUUUGCAAGCGUAAUAAGUCUGAACUCCAGAUGUAUCACAACAUGAAAUAUUGA